UCAUGCCAACUUGGUAUUUGUCUGUAGACUUCCAGUUACAAAUACUAGGAGCUAUUCUUAUCUACAUGAAAUGGCGUUUACCAAAGAGGGGAUGGGUAGUGACUGGAGUUGUACUGGUACUAUCAGUUGUUAUGAGUUUCUCAGUGCUUUGCCAGAAGCAAACAGAUAUGUUCUUCACAUAUACUAAAGAAUUUCACACAGAUAUAAGGACAGACCAAGUGUUUCAAGAGGUUUAUAUAUCUACACUGGGCAGACUUCCUGCUUGUUUCAUUGGUAUUGUUGGUGGCCUAAUUGUGUAUAAUCAGAGAGCUGCACCUUUCAGACUAUCAAAGAUCUGGUCCAAUGUCUUGUUGGGUGCUGUAAUUACUGUUUUAUCAUUUUCCCAAUUUACUUGUUUUGUUAUCUGUCCACCGGGCACCAACUGGCACAGUCUGAAAGCUGUAGCUUUCUACAUACUACAGCAGAUUGCUUUUGGUUUCAUUAUAUGUGGAAUAAGUGUGCAUGUCUUGUAUGGAGAUACAGGUGUGGGCACUAGUGGCAGACUACUGCAUAAUUCACUUUGCUGCCCUCCUCCUGUACCUCACAGUGGAGGCACCAUUGCGGUCAGCAACCCGACUACUCUUCCUCUCUUUCAGAUAGUUACAUGGACUCAAGUGCAGCGUCAAGUUUCAACACAUAUUUCGAGAAGAAAACGGCGCAGCAUUGAACAUUAUGCACCUACUGUCACCUAACGUACUUCAGACUAAC